AUGGCUGGUGAAAGCGCUCCUUAUAGAAUGCUGGUAUUGCUCGAAGAACCAUUAGAAGAGAACAUCGAGACUUUAACCAGGGAUGGAGACGUCAAGGAGGUCAACGAGCACAAUGUUGAGAAAGGGGAAACUCAGAGUAAGUCACAUGAGUUUGUCGACGAGCUGAUCCUGCCUUUCAAUGUCGAUGAGCUGGAUAUGCUGAACGAAUGGUUUGAUAAAUUCGACGACGAAGUGUGCAUACCCAACGAGGGCCAUAUCAAGUACGAGAUCACUAGCGAUGGGUUGAUAGUGUUGAUGCUGGAUAAGGAGAUAGAGCACGUUGUUUCCAAGGUGAAAGAAUUUGUUUCUGCGAAUCAAAUGUUGGCCUCGGAUGAGGAAGAACAAGAGUAUCAGAAAUCGGCAGAGACUGGUUUCUGA